AUGGUCGCCUUUGAUAAGUGUGAGACUCGGCCAGCCAACAUUGAUGCCAUUUUGAAUGGCCUGGACCGCUACAACCCGGAGACCACAACCGUUUUCCAGGACUACGUGAGCCAGCAAUGCGAGGACCGGUCAUUUGAUCUUUACGCCAAUCUGGCGCUCCUGAAGCUUUACCAAUUCAACCCCCACCUCCAGCAGCCUGACACCGUCACGAAUGUCCUGGUCAAGGCUCUGACAGUGUUCCCUUCUCCCGCCUUCUCCCUUUGCCUCGCUCUGCUCCCUGCCUAUACUCAACCAUUUGCCACCACCUCUGAGGCCCAGGCUGCCUCCCAGAACUCGGACUUCGUUGAGUCCGUUCAGAAGCUCUCCCACCUUUCUUCUCUCCUCGAGUCUGCCCAAUACACUCAGUUCUGGUCGACUCUGAACUCCGAUGACCUCUAUGCCGACCUUACCGCCGAUAUUGCCGGUUUCGAGGAGCUGAUCCGUAUUCGCAUUGCCGUUGAGGUCGGCAAGGCCUUCCGCUCCGUCAAGGCCGAGGCCCUUGAGCAGUGGCUCGAUCUGCGCAGCCGCGAUGCCCUGAGCAAAUUUGUUGCUGAUGUGUGCAGCUGGAAGAUCGAGGGUGACGUCGUUCGCGUGCCCACCAACAAGGAGAACGAGGCCCGCAGUGAGGUCAAGAGCGAGCGUGUUGGCGUUGACAUGUUUGGCCGGGUCAUUCGCCGCGGCUUCGAGCAGCCCGCAUGA